UUCCCUUGCAUAACUAGUCAACACUCAUUUCUUUAAAAGGUUUCAUUAGUUUAUUUGCACUAACACCCUUCGCAUCUAUUCAACCCUUUGUGAAGAGAUACAACCCCUUUAAAACUCCAAUAAAUUUAACUGAAAACAUAAAUAUUCCCUAGAACAGCUUAAGUAGCUUAGACCAUACGCAUCCUAAGAAAUAACCUAAAGAAGAUAGGAAGUAGACAAAAAAAAAAGAGAAGCCUAAACAAAUAUUUGUGUUCUUGUGUCGGUUAAGAAAAAUUAAUCGAAGUAUACCAUAUUUUCAAAGUAAUAUUACCGCAAAAUGAAGCUCGUAAGAUUCUUAAUGAAACUUUCUCACGAAACGGUCACAAUGGAGCUUAAAAACGGUACGCAGAUCCACGGAACUAUUACCGGAGUCGAUGUCGCUAUGAAUACACAUUUAAAGGCUGUAAAAAUGACCCUGAAGAACCGGAACCCUGUGAACUUGGACACACUCACCGUUAGGGGUAACAACAUCAGAUACUACAUCCUUCCGGACAGUCUUCCUCUAGAAACUCUUCUGAUUGAUGACACUCCUAAAGCGAAAGCUAAAAAGAAGGAUCAGGCAAGAGGUGCCUCUAAGAGCAGAGGUCGUGGACGUGGUAGAGGAGGCCCCAGGGGACGUGGAAGAGGAAGAGCAAGGAGAUAAGUCAUUUUCAUUAUAAUGAUUAGGUUUAAUUUAAUCAUAUGAUUUGCUCUUUAGAGUAUAAACUUCCUGAAGUCCUUAAAGACUAAGAAAUAAAAAUUUUUUUUGUUA